AUGAACGAAAAUUUAUUCGCUUCAUUCGCUGCCCCUACAAUCCUAGGCCUACCCGCCGCAGUACCAAUUAUUCUAUUUCCCUCCCUAUUAAUUCCCACUUCCAAAUACCUCAUCAACAAUCGAUUAAUUACUACCCAACAAUGACUAAUUCAAUUGACCUUAAAACAAAUAAUAACAUUACACAAUACUAAAGGACGAACCUGAUCCCUCAUAUUAAUCUCUCUAAUUAUUUUUAUUGCUACAACCAACCUCCUUGGCCUCUUACCCCACUCAUUCACACCAACCACCCAACUAUCCAUAAACCUAGCCAUAGCAAUUCCCCUAUGAGCAGGCACUGUGGCCACAGGUUUACGCCUCAAAACCAAAAACACUCUUGCUCACCUUUUACCCCAAGGCACACCUACGCCCCUCAUUCCCAUACUAAUUAUCAUCGAAACUAUCAGUCUAUUUAUCCAACCCAUAGCCCUAGCCGUACGAUUAACUGCAAAUAUUACAGCAGGUCACCUACUAAUACACCUAAUUGGAGCAGCCACACUAGCUCUAUCAACCAUCAGCCUACCUAUAACUCCCAUCAUCUUCACAAUCUUAGCCCUACUAACAAUCCUUGAAAUCGCUGUUGCUCUAAUUCAAGCGUAUGUCUUCACGCUCCUGGUAAGCCUCUACCUGCAUGACAACACAUAA